AACAGUACAACCCCUUUCACACGCGCGGAGUACGCGGCCGCGUGAAGUGUGCUUCCACGCGAUACUCGAGAAUGCUGUCUCUGGAUCGCGGUUGUCCGCCGUGCACUUCAGUGAUUUUUCACAAGUGUGAUCUCCGGAAAGGAAUAAUGAACGUAUUACAACGCAAACUCGAACUCUACGCGCGAAAAUAAUUAUGUGACAGCGUGUCGAAAGUUAACUUGCGGUAGAGAACAUAAUGCUAAAAACGGAGGGGCAAAAGUUAACUCGCCCUCGAGGAUUGUUUCCGAAAGUAGCAAAAACCACGAAUUUUUUCGUUCUAGAAAUGAGUGCAUCACUGCCGAAAAAGUCGUUUGAUCUGUGAUCGAUAAGUACUCGCAGAAACAUGACGUGUUCAACAAUCUUGUGAUUAUCUGUGUUCUCAGAAUGCCCCUCGUAGGAGCAUGGUUUAAAGCGUGGGUUUAUUUGGGGCUUGUUUGCGGUUGGGGCGAAGGCGCGCGGCCACGUUUCGACACAUCCACGGAUAUGGGACUGGUGUUGGUGCCGGCCGACGCCGAAGUCGAUUCCGUGAUUUUCCGAUUACGCGCCACCGACCAGGACGCGGACUUCCCUCUCGUGUUUGAAGUAGUCGCAACGAUUACGCCCGUCGUGAGAAUCGACAACUUACCGUGCACGUUGUACAAUAAAGUCUGCCAGGCUAAUGUAAUUUUAACGAAACGCCUUAUGCCUGGGCGUCUUCACGAUUUCGCCGUCAGGGUGCGGGAUACCAAGGGAGACUCAAAUUCGAUGCAGGCUACCAUCUCCGCAACGAACGCCACGACGUCGCGUGAUAAAAUAUUCCCUCACAUUCCUUCCCUGAUAAUGAUACCCGAGGACGCUAAACCAGGCAGGGAAUUAGAUUACCUUCUCGUACGAGCCAACUCCUGGAGCGGCAAGCCAGUUUACAUCGAAUUAUGGCAACCGAAAGAACUUUUCACUAUUCGGCAGCGACAGACGCCCACGCAGACGCGCGGGGUCAUUACGUUGAUCGGCGAGCUGGACUUCGAGACGCAAUCGAUGUACACCCUCACCAUUUACGCGACGGAUCCUUACACGGAGUCUGGAAAGGAUACCAGGAAUAUUGCGGGACUAAAUAUCGUCGUCAUCGUGCAGGACGUGCAGGACGUGCCGCCAAUUUUCACCCUAGCACCCCCUUUAACCAGGCUUAACAAUUCCGUGCAAAUCGGAGACGUAAUAUUACGAGUUCACGCGGAAGACGGAGACAAGGGAGUGCCGCGUGAAAUCACGUACGGCCUGGUGUCCGAAGGCAACCCCUUCAUACCUUUCUUCAACAUUUCGGAAGCAACCGGUGAGAUCGUUCUCGCUAAGCCUUUAGAGGAGCUCACACAAAUUACUCACGUUGGCGCACCGGUCGUGCUCACCGUCGUCGCUGAAGAAAUACGGAGAUCUAGGGACGAGCCGCCGGCUCAGGCGACGGUCGUCGACGUCGGUUUCCUUCUUGGAGAGCCAGGCAAUAGCCCGCCGUAUUUUGAGAAUGAUAACUACGUCGCAACGAUACCAGAGAAUCUGGAGCCGGGUACCGUGAUAAUGUUCCCCGAGCAAUAUUCGCCCAGAGUCCGCGAUGAGGAUAUCGGUAAGGCCGGUGUCUUCGCGUUGAAGCUACAGAAUAACAAUGGCACGUUCGAAAUCAAUCCGACAGUUGCCGAAAGAACGGCGGACUUUAUUCUCAUGGUACGAGACAACGCGCUCAUCGAUUACGAGAUGCACGAAAGUUUGUCUUUUAAGAUUAUCGCUCAAGAAGUUGGCCCAGCGACAAAUCUGUCGGCGACAGCAGCGGUCGUAAUAUUUAUACAAGAUGUGAACGAUAACGCGCCGGUCUUUGACGAGGAAUCUUACGAAGUUACGUUAUCCGAAAAUAUCACCGCUGGGACACGAGUGAUUCAAGUACAUGCAACCGACAAAGAUACCGGACUUUUCGGCAGCAUUCGUUAUACAGGAAUAACAGGACGAGGUAGCGACGCUCUCGCGAUAGACGCCGAUACGGGAUUAAUCACGGUCGCGAUGGGAUCGUCUUUGGACCGUGAAAUGGCAGCGCAGUUACAAUUAACUAUAAACGCGCGCGAUGAAAACGGCAAAGGUAACACGGGCGUAGCACCUUUGAUAGUGAAUUUGCUGGACGUGAAUGACAACGCGCCGAUUUUUGAGAAAGAUGCCUACGAGUUUACAUUGAAUUCCGAUCUGACAAAUUUUUCAACGGCCGCCUUUAUAAAGGCCGUUGACGCCGACGCCGAAUCGCCGAACAACGAAAUUCGCUACGAACUGAUUCACGGAAAUUAUGAAAAUAAAUUUUAUUUGAACGAGAUUACCGGACAACUAAUAUUGCUGUCGCCCAUCACGAAGUUCAGGCGGAAGAAACAGAGCGUCUACGACAAUUUUUCGAGGAAACUACACAGGGGAACAGAGACUUCUCAACCGGAACUCGUAACACAUGAGACUGCAAGAACAACGGCGUCUGCGGAUGUUGCCGUUUCAACGGAGAGCAUCGCGAGUGAAGCUGAAUUGAAACGCCAAGUCGGCGAGAUAAAAAGGCACCGAAGAAAACGAGCGGAAGCCGAUGUCUUAUACACUUUAACUGCCAGGGCGUAUGAUCUUGGUGUACCUCAUCUCGCGAGCGAGACAGAGAUCUCCGUCGUCAGGGGAACUGCCAUGGAAGCUCGCAUAAUGAUGUUCGUCGUGCCCGGAGAACGUCCGAAUUUAACGAAAACCACGGAGACGUUAGCCACUAUCACUGGCGGACGAAUUACCGUGCUGGAUACACGUCCUUACGUGCCGGAUAAUAAAACUGGCGUGACUGCCCCGGCGGCAGAAAAAAGAACGAUCGUGGUAGCGCGCGUCGAACAGACCGAAAUCGGCACCCCUUUGGUGGACGUGGAAAAAAUUCGUAACACAUUAGCCGCGAAUGGGGUGGGCAUCAUCGGCGGCGCAGGCACUGCCAAUGGGUCUAUGACGUACUACGAGACUACCACGAAACUUCCAAUCGAUGGAGCAAUUCACGAUGGGGGAGAUAGCGCGGGGACCUACGUAAACAAAACGAUCAGCAGUGUUCACGAGGAAGUAACUGUGUACAGAGCGGAGAAUAAACUACUGUUCUGGUUACUGAUUAUUCUGGGCCUGCUAAUGCUGCUGGCUAUCGCGGCGCUCAUCAUUUGUUGCAUCUGUCCAGGCUGCCCAUUUUACAUGGCGCCCAGAAAGCGCAGAGUUUACUCGUCAGAGACGCUCGUCGCCCGAUCCGACGGUCGACCGAAACGUCACGUUCAUCGAAAGCCAAUGGCUACAAUCGACAUCACAUCGAACGGAAAGAAACAAGCCUGGAGUGCGGACCCAACUCGAAGAAACUGGCAAUUCAAUCGACGGAAUACGAAGAACGGUGGCUUAGCGUCACUCCCUGGUGACGUCGUGUACAUCUCGGAGCGUCCUCCAAUCGACCAAGCAAACGUGGAAUCGCUGAGACUACGCGACGGCCCGGCUUACGAUCCAUCGAGGAGAAGGAGAUUCGAAGAGCAAGAGAAAAUGUACGUAGAGGAUGUCGAGGAGAGGAAGGCUAGGGAUUACGACACGGACGCAGAUUCCCUGCAACGACACGAAAUCGAGCGCGGUUCGGACAGUCAGCGUCAGGCUUACAGACAUAGAUACGUCGACCCUGAAUUGAACGAGACAGCGAUAAGAGAGCAACAUUUCUACCGCGACGGUAACGCGGAGGUGCUGCAAUUAGUAACGCGCGGACAAGUGGAGGACAGAAGCCAACACCGCCACUAUCCGGCGACUUUCAUAGUGGACGGCAAGGACGUACUUCUGCAGCGGUUCAUGCAGGAUCAGAAAGCGCGGUACGAGCAGCCGAUGCAGGAAACCGAGGCGAUACGCACCAUCGACUCUCACCAGCGCUCGAGGAAUUUGUAUCAGCACAAACAGGAGAUUCUCCUCUUGCCGGAGGAACUGGGGGAAAUUAGGCGUCAACGUGCGGAAGAGUUGGAAAUCGGCGCGCAAAAGUUGGCAAUGGACGACGAAUACACGGGGCAACACAUGGACGUGGAGUCGCAGAUGCGGGACGUUCGCCGCCAAGAGAUCUCGACAAACGUGACCGGGAUUACGUCCAAGGACAGGCCGUCGAUCGUCAAAGACCAGGCGCAAUCGACGGCGGCGCAGUCGUACGCGUUUCACGACCUGGAGCUGGCGAGACAGAACGCUCUAUUGACGAGGCUGCUGUUGGAGAGGGAAUCCAGGCACGCCGCUGGCGUGAUGAUGGACGCCGCGAGUUACUUGGAGACUCAAAGUCUUCCGGGGCAAGUGGCAAUCGCGACGCAGACUGACAGAGCCGCCGCGACACAGACGGAACGACACAUCCGGAGCAGGAGUGACAACGACGAGUCCGACGAGGAUACGCGCAGCCGAAAGAGGAUGAAGAAACGUCACGGCGAGAGCGAAUCGAGAACGCGGACUUUAUGGAUGAAAACACCCAUCGAGGAAGAGGAGGGCCCGUGUUUCGAUAAGCGACUGAGCACCUUGAGAAAGAAAGUGCAGGACGUGAAGGAGGGACGAAAGGUGUCCUUGGAGCCUGAAGUGCUGCGGGAAAUCUCAGAUUCUCUCGACGAGAAUGGCAGCACUUACCGCGAGAAGGGGAGAAAGUCAACGAAAACUUGUCAACGGUACACGGAAGAGAGCAGCGUCGGAUACAAAGUACUGGGCGAAGAGAAAAACGGUUCCUCCUCGUCGACAGAGGUGUGUAAGAAACGUGAGAAAUCUUCCGGUGAGAAAAGAAUGGAGAGCUUGUCGUCACCGGAAGUAAGCGUCGACAACGGACAAUAUAUUCGCGAAACGACGGAGAAGAAAAGUUCGAGGAAAGAGAGUAGAGUCAAGAAGCAAAAGAAGGUAGAAUCCGUGAUAAAACCUAGCUUUCGCGUUUUGGAGAGAGAGAUCACGAUGCUGACGAGGAAACUGAGUAAACUCGCUGACAAAAAGGUGCCGCAGACCACCGAGUCCGAAAGUACGAGCCAGGAAAAAUCGAAAACAUCCAAGGACUCGAAAAAAGAUUCGGAUCAGAGUACAUCCAAGAAAGAAGGAGACUCGAAGAAACACAGGCGGUUCGAGACCUCGCCAAGUAUAUCGAAAGAGACGAAGAGAGAAAAGUUUAAGUACCAGCAACCGCAGGUAAUGAGCCCCGGCAGUUCCGAGUACGAGUACGCGUUCGAGAAAUCGAACAAGUCGAAACUGGCUUCUCGUCAAGAAGCUGCGAAGCACAAGCAGACAAGUGGUCACGCAAAGCUUAAGAGGCAAACGCAGAUUGAACGCAAGAAGCAGAUCGUCCCGCAGGAUCGAGAGCUCGAGAAGCGCGCAAGUGCCGCGAGCAAAGAAAGCGGCAGGCCGAAGACUGAGAAGACUGCCAAAAUGUCGCGUGCGCAAAAGUUGGCAGCGAUUGGUCGUAGGGAGCACGUUCACAUCUCGGAGGAACGGAGCACGAGUACAAGUUCCGAUCGUGUGAAUGGCAAGAAGGACUCGAUUACCAGUCGAGACACCGACCAAAAAACUACAGGGUACUCAGAGUUGAGUCAUACGUGUCAGCGAACAUCGAAACGGCGGCUGGAUCACGCGAGCGAGAAAUUUUCCGACGAUUUCGUAACAGAGCCGCGGAGAAGAGACAUCGACCAUCAAAGCGCGCUUUACUCAGCAAUCGACAGAAACGCGGACAAGGAAGACACUGCGAGCGGCAAAGGAGAUGCCGAAGUAAUACAGCAAUUUUCUGACGAUUUUACACCGGAACCACAGACAGUAGAACUGGAACAUCAAACGCAAGCUGCUGUCGAAAGUGAGAUUUUCGAGAGCAACGGGCAAAGUGUACAACUUGAUUUUGGUAAAGAACGAGUGAGUCCGAAGGAAGCCGCUGUUAUAACUGAAAGUGAAGAACAAGGUGUAUCUCAUGACUUUGGCAAAGAGCAUUUGACGCUGAAGGAAGCUGCUGAAGAUGCCGCAGUUCUUCACAUUCUGGAAGAUACGCAGUUCAAAGGUGAGACAAUAUUAGACGCUACAAGCAAAGAACAAUCUAAAUCGUUCGAAGUCUCCGGUAAAGAGUCGGAUGACAGCAGCAAGAGAACAAUUUCUCCAGAUCCUCCUGCUCUGAAAACCUCAGAAGAAACGGAGAAACUGCCAUCUUACGGUGACAAAAGCGCUGUCGAAAGGAGAAUAGCUUAUAUGUCCGGAAAGCAUAAAGAAGCGGCAGAAGAAUCUUCCUACGAAACCGAAAAGGAGAUGUUAGAAAAGGAAGUGUUAGAAAUUAUUCCGGAAAAAGAACAUGAAUUCCAAGCAUUAAGAGAUGCCGGAGAGACUGCGAGAGAAGAAGCGAAUAUUCUGGACGAGCACAUGGAGGGUUUGAAAGAAUCAACUGCAACGGAGCACAUUGAAGGAGAACGUAAGGAAAAUGAGUUAUAUAGUGACCUCGCUUCAUUACCAUCGGAAAUAGAAGAUUCAAAAGACAUUGAAUAUGUUACACUACAUUCAAGCGAAGAAGACAAAACUGUAGAAUUGUAUAAAACUGAAAGCGAUCAGAGAGAAGAAUUAAGUCCAGAAUCAAAGAAGCGUGUCGAGAAGGAAAUUUCUGCGACAAAAGAUGCGAGAGAUAUCGAACAAAAGAUUGUACAAGAUUUAACGCAGAGAGGAAAUGAAGAGGUGCCGUUACGUGAAAUUGAAAGUGACGCAGAAAGAUCGAAGGAAUAUGCAAUUCAGGAAUUCGUCGCGGAGGAAAGGGAAGAAUCGUCAGCUGAAGCGUUUGAAGAACCGUCCGAUAUCAGUCCAUCUCUAACAGAUGACACCAGAAAUGUAAAUGGCACUCAGAGGGCGUUUGCAAUCGACGAUGCCACGUUACCGUACAUCGACGAAACUAGUGACGAAGCGUCAAAAUCAGAUCACGAUUUGACUCAGUCUGAGUUCACCGAACUGCCAGAUAUUAUGAAGAAACCGACCGACGAAGAUGAAGCGGAGCGUUUAAGCGAUGAUCUCAAGACGGAAAUCGAAAGCCAUGAAACUAAGGAAGGAUCGCACGUAUCUCCUAAAAACAUGUCUGACGUUGACGAAGUUAAACGGGAGAAAAUUGACGAGGACAAAUCUCUCGCGCCUUUAACGGAUGCUACUUCCAGAGAGGAGGUUAUUAAAGAACGAUCACAAGUCGAGCAUGCAAAGGAGAAAGAAGAACCAGAACUCGAGGAACACGAAGAAAGAACGGAAGAAGUAUCUACGUCAAAGGGUAGGCCCGACGAAGAAACACUCGAUAAGGAAUCUUCUGUCGAUCAGUUGCCGAAAGAUACGAGUCCGCAAGAACCGGCUGUGAGUGAGCCAGAGAAAACGGACAGUUUCGUGAUAAUCUCUGAGAGCGCAGCGGUCGCAGAGCCACGAGACAGAGGAGAGCAACAGGCAGACGUAAGCGUUCCAAUUUUUAGCAGCUUUAUUGAUGAUACACUUGAUGUUUCGGAGGAGAGCGACUCAUCCAGUGAUGUUUCCAGGAAAACAACGCUGUCCACGAGACCCUAUGAUACUCCGCGCAAUCGGCAAAAGUGGCAGCAACAAGAGAGCAUUGAAAUAGCGGGAAUGUCCGGCGUACGAACGCUCGAAGAUGGCGGAGACGCGAGGGUAGAAAUCGAACCGGAAGAGGAUACAGAUAGCAAUUUAUCGCUCGAUGAAACUGAGAGGACGGAAGGUUCGACCACAACCGAGACAACGAGCGAAUUAAAGGAAGUCGCCGCUGCGUCGGAAGAGAUUUCUUCCGGCGUUGAAGCAGUUCCGUCCGAUUUACCGGGGAGAAACGGCGAAGACGCGACGGACAGAGAUUUCGAGUCGAAAACCGAAAUUGAAGAACUAGACACUGAUAUAAAAUCAGAGAUAAAAAAUUUGUUGUCGACAAUUCAAGACAUAGUUCCGUUGACUCUCAGUAUUAAAGAACUAAACGGCACGCCAAAGGAAGACACUGAUGUAAUUCCGGUGACAAAGAAAGACGUGGAAUCUAAGAGCGAGACAGCUCGUAAAAAAAUCCAAGAGAUUUCGAAAUCUGCGAAAGAAAGUGCUAAAAGUGAAACUAAAUUGCCUUCAAGCAAGUCUGAGCAAGUGGAAGAAGAUAAAACGAAAGCUGAAGUCGCCGAGAUAUACAAAACAAGAAUUAGAGAUAGCGACAAAAUAAGAAGUGAAAAGAGUAAUAUACCGUUAACUUCGGAGAAGUAUAUUGCAAGAGCUGUAUCUUCCGAACGUUUCGUGAAGAAGACAAAGAAAGUCGAGCGACCGAAGGCGCCUUCUCCCUGGGAGAGAAAACGCGUUCCCGACAAGCCGGAAGAAAAAGCUACGCCAAGUUAUUCGCAGCGUCGACCUCGCAAGUUUACCGACGGCGAUUCGGAGAAGCGAGCGAGAGCUGUCGAAUCGCAGAGACGAUCGCCGAGGAGGGAAGAGGAGCGCCAGCGGAAACAAUUAACGCCCAAGUCGAAGCUCAAGGCAGACAAGAGGUCUGCAAUUUUCCCGAAAACCGGCGAGAUCGAUACGAGUAAGACGCGAUCGAAGUACAUGGCUUGGUACGACAAGAAACGCGAGGAGUCGGAGAAGAAGAGGAAAGCGGCGGACGAUGAGGAGCAGCUGCCACGCUGGGUGAGCAGGGGCUUGAAGCAAACGGCGAAGCAGAGGGAGAGGCUAGCGGCGGAGCGCAAGACUCCGGAGACGACGCCGCGCACCAGACGCAAGAUCAAGCCUCUGGUGAACGUCGAGUCCGAGCAGCUGAAGGCUAUCGUGCGUCAGGGGCGACAGUUGCGAAAGGCCGCGGGUACACGGAGGGAAGACCCGUCGAUCGAGAUAUUCGCCCGGACACCGCCGGCCACCACCACCUCGGACACGCAGCACCGUCUGCAGCAGCACUCGGAAUACAAAUACGAGAGAAUACCGCCGCCGUUUUAUCUUCACCCGCCACCCCCGGCGCCGCAUCCGUCGCCGCAGUUAUCGCCGGAGAGGUCCCUCGAGAUGCAACCGUGCAGGUCGCAGUACGAGCACUCCGAGGAUGACUCGCAUCCGGAAAAUGCGGCGCCGUACCAGAGCGGCGGUCGGCUGCGCCAUCAGCAGCUUCUCGAGAAGAAGAGCGUCUUCGAUAUCGCGUACAGCGAGGCUGCGCCGUCGCAGCUGCGAUCUGACAGCGCGACCCCGCCGUCCUAACUCGUAGACACUGAUCGAAUCGCAGAAACGAUCGCCGAGGAGGGAAGAGGAGCGGAAACAAUUAACGCCCAAGUCGAAGCUCGAGGCAGACAAGAAGUCUGCAAUUUUCCCGAAAACUCGCGAGAUCGAUACGAUCGUAGACAUUCCCCUCGUAUUAUAUAUAUGUAUGUUUAUAUAGGAAAGUAUCUAUGAUACAGCGAAAAUAAUUACUCGUUUCAGUAAGAAUAUUAUAUAAAAUAUUAUUUCGAUGCAUUUUCAAUUGUGUAACUAUCCUCGUGCAGUAUGUAACCAAAGUUCCUGGACUCUUUGAUAAUUGUUUGAUAAUUUAUUGUGGUUGCUUUAUAUAUUAUACCAAAGAUAACAAUUUUAUAUACACUUAUACGCAAUAGAAAAAAAUUAAAUGUCUUGUACAUAUAUUUCAUAGCGUCUUGUUAUUAAGUAGUACAUUAAUUAUUGCAUAUAGCAAUAAUUUUUCUAACUAAGUACUCUCAGUUUCUUUACUGCCGGUGAAAUAUUAUACGGGCUUAUCUUUAAGAAAAUGUAGUAAAAGUUGAUUACCGAAAUUUUAUAUUAAAUUUUAUUAUUCCACAGAUAAUGUUUAU